AUGGAGAAGGGCGCACCCUUGGUUCCAGUUUUCUGCUUUGGUCAAUCAAAAGUGUACAAUUGGUGGAAACCUACUGGAAAGCUAUUCUUGAAAUUUUCUAGAGCAAUUAAAUUCACCCCAGUUGUCUUUGGUGGAAUUUUUGGGACUCCCUUGCCCUUCCAACGUCCAAUGCAUAUCGUGGUGGGUAAACCUAUUGAGCUGAAGAAAAAUCCACAGCCCACUGCAGAAGAGCUUGAUGAAGCGCACAGUCAGUUUGUUGACGCACUGGAAGAUCUCUUUGAAAGGCACAAAGCACGGGUUGGCUUUGCCGAUCUUGAACUGAAAAUUCUAUAA